AUGGUGAAGACAUUUCAAGUCUACUUGGGUGUAAAUGGUGGAGGCACAAAUCGUUGCAGUAGCUCCAGUACCAGUUCUAGCGGUGGAACGGACUCACCAGACGCUAUUGUCGUAGAUGAACGCACAUACAGCUGUAUCCACUGUCGAGCUCAUUUGGCUAGACAUGAAGAUCUCAUCUCUAAGUCAUUCCAGGGCACACAAGGUCGUGCAUACCUUUUUGAAGCAGUUGUCAACGUCUCCUGCGGUAAAACGGAGGAACGACUUCUCUUAACCGAUCUAAUAAAUGUGGUCAUUACCAUCUCCGCACGCCUUCCUCCCUGGCCCCGCUUCUCCACCUCCUGUCGCUCCAUGUCUCGCAAUGAGGACUGGCCCAGUGCCUGCGAGGCCAAGCUCCACGCUCUCCACUGA